CACUCUCCCUCCUCGUCUCCUCAUCUAUUUUCGAAAUCCAAACUAUCCAUUCCCUGCACAACCCUACAAUGCAAUGAUACCCAUCCAAACUGUCCUUGGAAAACUUUGGAAUCCUUAACACAGUUAUUUGUCUUCUACAGUUUCCAUCCUCUCUGGUGAGUGCGGUGGCUUGGCCCUGGCCUUCUCUCUCUCUUUCUCUUUCUGGCGCCUUUUCCUUUUACUUGUAAUUUUUCCCCCUCUUUUGAAGCGGGGCCCUGGGCCUGCAAAACCCAGCAAACCCAACUGGGUUAUUAUUAAAUCUUCGCGACGCAGCAACCGCCAUUACUCACGCCUUCAAAACCUAUCCCGACUUUUUCGUGUUUUUCAGUCUCUAUCUUCUCCCUCUCGGGCCUUCUGUAAUGGCGGAGGACUUGGACGACGGCGAGUUCUGGCUUCCUUCUCAGUUUCUCACUGACGACGACAUACUCAUGGAGAAGACCAACUACAAUAACGGUAGCAAGGGCUUUUCCUCUGAGACCGAAGCUGGGUCCUUCUUUCCUUUUGAGUUCCCCUACGCCUUUGCAUGCUAUGGAUCUCCCUCGGCUCUCAGCUCCCCGGUUGAGUCGGUCGUGGGUUCCACCGAGACCGAGAGCGAUGAGGAGGACUACUUGGCUGGGCUAACUACGCAGAUGGCUCAUUCCAUGCUGCAAGAUGAGGAGAAAUCUGCUGCCCCUUCUUUUGCUACCGACAACCAUAAGACAUGGGCUAUGGCUGGCUCCCCGCAAUCAACGUUGUGCGCAGUCGGAAGCUGGUCGGGUCGUAGUGGGGGCUCGAGCCGUGGAAGUCCCAACGGCCCUUCACAGGUUUCUUCGCCACCGUCCACGCCGUUGAAUGGGAAAGAAGAUGCGUGGGAUCUUCUUUCCGCUGCUGCGGGGCAGGUAGUGAGGAUGAAGAUGAACGAUGAGAUGCCACAGAACCACCAAGCACGUGGGCUCCUGGGUCUUCCCCGGAAGCCCUCUCCAGUCUCUGUUCCGGUGAAGAAUCCCAACGUAAGUGCCGGCUUCUACUCAGACCCGGCUCUUAACCACCAGCACCUGCAGUCGAAUCAAUUCCACCAGCUGAGGCAGCAACACUUGUUGAAACAACAGUGCCCUACCGUUUGGGGAAGACCUAGGAAGAUAGCUGGGACCACUCAGCAACCUCAGAAUACGCAUCAACAGCCGCAAAAUAGAGCAAGAACUGCUCCUGGUUUUGGUAACGGUAGAUGUGGGCGGCCUUUGGGCUUAUCUUCAUCUGCAUGGCCUCCUCUGCAGCAGCAGCAACAACAAGCAGGUUCCGGUAUGAGAGCGGUUUUCCUUGGGACCUCCGGUACAAGAAGGGAGUCCAGUGGAACCGGUGUUUUCUUGCCUCGCAGAAUAGGUAGCCCUGCCGACUCCCGGAAAAAAGCAGCAUGUUCUACGGUUCUACUUCCAGCCAGAGUUGUUCAGGCCUUGAAAUUGAAUUUCGACGAUAUUGGUGCUCAUCGCCGUUUCAACGGAGUUUUCGCUUCUCCUGAACAUGUUGCAGAUCCGGUGAUUACUCGGAGUAAUGCCUAUCUCCCUCAACCGAAGCGGAGCUUCCGCUCCCAGGGAACAGCCAUAAACCAUGAUAUACGUCUCCCCCAAGAGUGGACGUAUUGACUUGUCAGCAUUUCGUCGCAUCUACUAAUCUACUGAUGGUGUUUGUAUUUUCUGUUUGAAAGGCGGGUUAAACAACUAAAAGAAAAAGCAAUUGAAGAUUUGAAGCAACAGAUUUUAAGAAGAAAGGGCGAGAGAAGUUGGUAGUUUAGGAGUUAGUUGGUUAUAGUGAAAUCUUUAAAUUUGAUUGGGAAGAGAAUACUAAUGCAGAAAUGUUUUUGAAAUAAGUUGAGUCCUGUUUUGUAAUACAAGGAAAGAUAUACAGCGUUUUCGUUGUUUGGCUUAGGUCCAAUUACUGGGGUGGAGAAAAAUGGCCUUGGGCUUUUUUUGUCCUUUAAAAUUUUCGAGUAAUAAGUCAGUUGAUGCCAUCUAAACCGGUUUGGUGGGAAGUGGUUUUAUAGUCCGUCGUUCAGAAGUUGUGUUUUUGGUUGUAAAAUCAUAGUUGGGAAGAGAGCGGAAGACAAUGGGCCUCUAUUAUUUUGUAGAAGGAUGUCGAUGCGUGAAAUUCAUCCCACGCCUUGCCCAUGGCCACCAUGGCCAGAAAAUUUGAUAAUAAUAAGAAUUUGUGACCAUUUGUAUUCU